AUGUCCGACGGCGCCGCUCAGGGCACCGCCCAGGGCGCCGCCGAGGGCGCGCGCUUGCAGACCAGUGAUACGUGGGCCACGUGGGACGAGGAUCUGGACGUGGAGAUUGUGCCAGCUGCAGGGUCAGACGGAGGAGACACGCAGCCUGAUCGGCAGCCCAACUACGGCGAGCCAGGAUGGCGCUCGCCGUCUCAGGCAGGCACGCAAACAGUCGCAGAUGAGGAGUCGCCGCACGACAUCCCAGCAGAGCAGCCGAACCACGCGAGCCAGGCUGAUGCGCCAGUCGGGGCCCAAGUUGCGGCGCCAGCGGCGGCGGCACCGCCCUCCGCCUGUGAGGCGCCGCCCCCCGCUGGCGAGGCACCGCCUGGCGCCAUCGCAGGGCCGUCCCAGGAGAUGCUGCCCCCAGCGGAGGCAGCGAACGUCCCGCCAUCGCUGAUGUCGCUGAUCAAGUCGCUACAGGACCAGGUGUUCGAGCAGGCGGAGCAGAACAAGAUGCUCAAUCUGAAGCUCAGGGCGGCCGAGGCGGCCAAGGCACUCAAGAUCAACCCGCAUGCGCAUCCACCAGUGCCGACCGAGGAGCAACCAGAGCAGAGGCAGCAACCAGAUGGAGGGCAGCAACCAGAGCAGGGGCAUGUCAUCGACGUCGAGGAGUCACUGCCCAGCAAUGGGGAUGGAGACGAGGAGAUGACGCAGGCGCUGAAGGAGUCGGAGGAGGCCGCCCGCAUUGCCAAGGAAAAGGAGGACGAGGACAACCAGCAGUUGGAGGAGGCGAUGCAGAGAUCGAGGGAGGAGGCCCAGCGACGUGGCAUCAGCGUCAGUCCCGAGAGGGCCCCGAACUCGCCAGGCAAGGCGAGCACUUGGCAGGACCAGCAAGCGGCUAGCGGUCAGCCUGUGCCGACAGAGAUGCCUGUGCCGACAGCGCAGCCUGCCUCGGCAGCGCAGCCUGUGCCGACAGCGCUGCCUGUGCCGACAGCGCAGCCUGUGCCGACAGUGCUGGCUCCUGCAGGAGGCGCGGCCGCGCAGGCACACUUGGAGACACCGCCGAAGAGCAAGCGCCGCCGCAUGCUCACCGACGUCAUCCUGAGCUCCGAGGUGAACUUCCAGAACAUCCUCAAGAAGGCAGAGAAGCCCGAGCUCCUGGACGUCGAGCUGCACGACCAUCUUAUGGCCAUCUUCCAGGGCAAGCACGUCAAAGAGCUGCACAGCAUGAAGGGCAUAACGCCUCAAAGCAUGCUUCCCGAGGCAGUAGCGGGUGCAGAGAACGCGUUUGGCGAAGUUCAGGGCCCUGACGAGGACGGCAUCGACCCUGCGAGCCUCGAGGAGAAGCAGAAGAAGGAGUACGCUGUAUGGCAGGCAGCGAGGGCCAAGGACUUCAGGUCCGCGGCGAACGGCAAGGAGGGCAAUGUCCUGGCGGGCAGGUUCGAUCGCUACAAGAGCAGUCACCCAGACUGUAAGAAGGCUUACGAAGCGCUCAGGAUCGACGGGAGACCCAACAUCCAAGCCCAGGAAGACUUCAGGAGGGAGUGGGCGAUGAAAAAGUUCGAGAACUACAAGUUGGCAUUUCGGUACUUCUUGAAGGCCAUUCAGUUGGGGGCGCCUUGGGUUGUGCACUGCCCGUCUCGCGAGGCGCUCCGCGCUUUGUAUGUGGAGGAGGGAGUGGACAGCGAGUUCAGCGUCGCGUGGUCCAAGCACCAGGCAUGGGCGGACGACGCGAUCGAAAGCAACGAGAUGAAGAGAAGGCGCUUGGAGCAGGCACUGGCGACGGGCGAGCCCAGCAACCAGGACAAGACGAGGAUCCUCAUCGGUAAGGUCGCGGACUCUGCUGGCGUGACCUCGAAGGCCGAGAUCCAGGAGACAGGCGGCGAGGACGUUCCAGGCGCGGAGCGCACUGAGGAGACGGGCACUGAGACGGGCAAAAAGAAGAGCAAGGGAGAGGGCAAGGGCAAGAAGCAGGGCAAGAAACGAAAGCAGGAGACCACCGAAGGCAACCCUAAGGAGCAGAAAACCGAGUCCCCUGGCGGCGACUGUAUCAAGGCCCUCAUGACGCAGGCAAAGCAGACCGUGCUGCUGCACAACACCGUGGUCAGCCAUGCCCAGACCUUGGCGUACAACAUCGAGAAUGAUCCUGAUUACUCCUGGGCGAAGACUGACGAGGACGGCAAGUUGUUUCUGGAGCAGCUCACGGAGGUGGGCCACAAGGUGUGGACCUCAGGAGUCAGCAAAGCCUUGACUGAGACCCUGACGAGUGUGAGGAAAACUUGUUCGGAUUCGGAGUUCAUCAGUUACCUCCACAAGCUGAAGGAGGUCGACCAGAUUGACAAAAACCUUCAGGAGCUCACCAUUAAGGUCAAGAGCCUCCACGAGAUCAAAAAGCCCAAGAGGGCCGCCUGA